UGAAAUGCGUUCCUUCGGGUUAAGCGGGGAUCGCCCUCCCUCUGCGUGGCUUGUUUCAUACAAGUUAUCCUGGGAGUGGCGGGCGUGAAGGCCUCAGAGGAAUGAGUAAAUCAGUACUUUUAUUCUUGGUGUCCAUCACCUUCAAGGACUUGGCCGUGAGGUUCUCCGAGGAGGAGUGGCGGCUCCUGGAGGAGGGGCAGAGGGAGUUCUACCGGGAUGUGAUGCGGGAGAACUACGAGACGCUGGUCUCCGUGGGGACAUCUGAGCUGCUCCCCCUCUCUGCUUUCCUGUCACCUACUGAGCCUGGAGGAUCCAUGGAGGGAAGGAGCCUUGUUGCUGAGAGGCAGGAGCCUCCUGGUGGGGGAGGCCCCCAGGGAGGACAGCCCCGGCAUAGCCUGCACCUCACUGCCCUGGUGCAGCUGGUGAAGGAGAUUCCAGAGUUCUUGUUCAGGGAAGGCAAGGGCGCUGUGGACAGCCCCGAGAGUGGGGCAGCUGGCCUGGACGGGGAAAGAGCGAGGCCUGAGGCUGCUGUGGCAGUGGAACCUUGCACCCUCCGAGGCCUGCUUAGCUGCCUUCCGGAUGCCCCCAUCAGCCAUCCCUACCUGGCCACCACGCCCACCAGCAGCUCAUCCUCCAGCAGCCCACAUAGAGAUGGGGAGCAGGGAAACCCCGUUCCCCUCAAAACUGCUGACAAACAACAGCCUACAGGGCAAGAAGGCCCAAGAGCCCUCAGCGAGGAGCCCAGUCCUCCCACCUGUAGCCCCGGAAGGAGAAAAAGCCACAGAAGGCAGGAGAGAGGGACGAUGGAGACAGGAACCUCUCCUGGGAACAGCCCCUUGCAAGGCCUCAUCAACUGUCUGAAAGAAAUCCUUGUGCCUGGGCCCCAGCACCCUGAGCCAUCCCCAAACUUACUGCCCCAUCUCCCCGGCCUGGGUACAUCAAGGCCAACCAGAGUGGAGUUGGGGCUUGGGAGCCUGCCCUCGGGAGUGAAGACAGAGGCAGUGUCAGGGGAUUGUCCCCUCCAGGGUCUGCUGAACUGUCUGAAGGAGAUCCCAGAGGCCCAGGACGGGAAUCCCAGCCCCUCAGGAGCAGGGGACCCCCAGCUGCAGGAGGACCAAGGGGCCUGGAAAAGGAAUUCUGGAGGGCCUGGACACCUCCAGACCCUUCCUCCCUGCUCUGGUCCUGGAGCUGGCAGCAUGCUCCCUGUGGUGAAGAUGGAGAAUGGCUGGGCCCAGAGACCCCCAGGGCCUGUGUCAUGUCAGUUCAUCAGGCACACCCAUGGCCCCUCUGCCACCAGAGACACCAGAGGGGUCCAAGUGCCCAGUUGGGGCCCUGCGCCUCCAGCUGGCAGUGCCUCAAGCUCACCCCUGGAAGCACUGGAGGCCUGUCUGAACGGCAUUCCCCAGAGCGGGUCAUUACGUCCCCAGCCACCAGCUACCUCUUGGUCCCGGAGCCCCCAUCCAGGAGACCCUGGGCCUCAGAGGCCUGAGCUGUGGCCCCACGGAUCACACACUGAAGAGGCGGCCAGGGAGCCUCUUCUGACUCUGGGCCUGCAGGGCUUUGCGAGAGAUGGCCCUGCCCGACCCCCAGGCCCCCAAGGCACCCCCACCAGCUUAUCUUCAUCCAGCAGCACUGACGGGGACCUGGAUUUCAGGAGCCCUGGGGGGAGCGAGGGGCAGCGGAAUGGAAAAGGAAGCCCAGCAGGAAGCUCCCCACUCCAGGGUCUAGAGAACUGUCUCAAAGAGAUUCCUGUGCCCAGGCUGCAGCCUGCCUGGUCCUGCUCCUCAGCAGUGGACAGGGGACCGAAGAGAGCAGAGCCCAGGAACUGGGUGGCAGACAAGGAAGGACUGAGGGGCGAGGCCUGCAAGCCGGCUCACCUUGGACAGGGCAGGGCAGAAGUGCCCCCCAGGAGCCUCCCUCUGGCCAGCCCACAGGCGUUUUCUGCUGGCUUUGUCCCUGCCUGCCGCCAGCGCCAGCGGGGGUUUCAAGACCAUGAGGCCCCCAGGCUGGGAUCAUGGAGGUGGCUCCCAGACGGGGCAGCCACCACACCCUCCCCUCUACACUGCCUGGAGAGCUCUCUGAGGGUGAUCCUGCCCGUGAGGCCGCUGCGCUUCUCCUUCGUGGCUGGCUCCGGUCCCAGCCCCAGCCCCGGCUCCAGCUCAAGCUUCAGCAGUUCUGAUGGAGAAGACCUGAGGCUGGAGCCCGAGCUCUGGCAGCCUCUCCCCCAGAGUGAGCUGCACCCCAGGCCACCAUUCACCACUCUGAUGCCGGAGAAGGACCGCCUUCUCAGCUACAAGAGUCCUGGCCCUGUGUCCCCAUGCCCUGGUGGGCCCCCCACUGGCAGCAGCAGGAGCAAUAGCCGUGCUGAAGACCCCAGGAGAGCAGAGCACAGGGACUGCAGCAGUCUCAGUGCAGGAAAGGCAGAAGAGAGUCUGGGAAGCAGGUGCCAGUUGCCUGGGAAAGAAGAGAGCGUGGAGAGCAGCUGCCACCCUGGCCCCCUGGGCAGUGCCACAGGAGGCGGAGGGGUGCCUAAGGAUCCUGGCCCUGCUUCUCAGCUGGAGAAAAGGCCAAGGGCUGGUGAAGAACCCGGGGGUCUGGAGCCUGGGCACAGAAGGCCCAGUGUUUCAGCCAGGACCCAUAGGAGGCUGCUCCCCAGGGCCCUGCCUGAGCCACCCAGCAAGUCUCUCCUGCUGGAGCUGCCCCCUCCGGCUGCUGUUUCUCCUGCCUCAUCAGCCACCUCCCUACCGCUACCAUGCCCCUGUGGGAAGCCCCUGCGACAGGAGCUGCACAGCCUUGGUGCUGCCCUUGCAGAGAAGCUGGAUCGGCUGGCUGUGACCCUGGCAGGCCUGGCCCAGGAAGUGGCAACCAUGAGGACCCAUGUGGAUCGGCUGGGGAGGCGCCCAUGGGGCCCUGGGCAGAAGAGCCAGACUUCCUGGUCUUGGACCCUCCCCCGGGGACCUCGCUGGGCCAAUGGCCCUGGUCACAGAUACCUGCCCUACUGGAGACAGAAGGGCCCCACCAGGCCUAAACCAAAGAUCCUCCGGGGCCAGGUGGAAGGCUGCAGGGCUGGUGACCCCCCAGGACUGUCCAGAGGGAGGGGUCACCUGGUGCCUCAGCUGCCUUCAGAUCCUCCCCCAGCAGAAAUUUCUGGUCCCAAGUGCAGCCCUUCCCAGCAGCCUCCCUCCUCGGCACCCAGCUGCCAGGCUGUGCUGACUGUAUACCCUCCCUUCGGACACACUGGGGGCCACCAGAGCCCCCUUUCUCCUUCAGUGCCUGCUGCCUUACCCCACCAGAUGGCCUCUCCUGCUGCCGCCAGUGCAAACACAGAUCCACUGGCUGCAGGAGCAGCACAAGCUGGAAACCCAGACCAGCCCAAGGAGCCCAACAGCCUGCUGGGGGGAGUCCAGAGAGCUUUUCAAGAAGGACUCUGGGCUGGUGAACACAGGGACCCGAGGUGGGGGGCGCAUUAGCCUCAUUCUUCAGCAGGAUGCAGGAGUGGCCCCAGUGCCCCUUCGCCCCUUGGCCCCACUCCAGGCCAUCCUGUUGCAGGGGCCAGCUCCCUCCCCACCUGCUCCACUGACCCUUCCAUUGCUGGAGUUGUACCCUUUGCCCUGACGGCAGGCAAGACCCCCAGGUGGUGUUUGCUCAGGCGGCCACUGUGUGGGGUGCAUUCCUCAGCCACGCCUCUGGCUUUCUUGGCUCAGGUUCAGUCACAUGUACCUCCCCGUCCUGUCCUUCCCACUGGAACCACCCAAGCUCUCAGAUGGGUAGUGUGGACAUGUGCACACCAUGCAAACACGGUGUUCUGUGCAUCUGCAGAGUGGCCCCGAGAACCCCUCUUUCUAACCACCUGCCGCUCCUGGUCUCAACCUUGUGAAGGGCUGGGCUCUCGGCUUUCUGGAAUAACUGCUGGUACAGAUUUCAUUUUGAGAGAACUCUGCCCCUUGGUGGCAUGUGCAGACUCAUCCCCAGUUUUAGUGCCUGGUGAGGCCAUCUCAGAGUGACCCGGGGAACCUAAAUUAAAGAAGUUAGUUGCCGAGGAAAGUUUCUUGGCUCCUAUAGAAAGAGGCUAGGUGGGACCCACACUGGGGUGUGGCUGGUUGGAUUGUGCCACCAGCACAGUGGGGACGAGUUGGCGCCUACUGCCUCCCCCCAGCCACCCUCAAGAGAAGUCAGCAGCGUGCCAGUGAGGCUGGGGAGCAGGAUUCCCAAAGGAUGCCUUGGGAAAGUUAUACACGUCAUUUCUCCUGGGGCUGCCAUGUGAAGUGCCACUAACUGGGUGGCUUAAACAGCAGGCACUCUUUCUCAGUUCUAGAGGCUGGAAGUCCAAAAUCCAGGUGUGGCCAGGGUUGGUCCUUUGGGCUGUGAGGGUGGGUCUGUCCCAGGCCUCUUCUGGGCUGUCAGUGGCCCGGGCCUUCUUAUUGUUUGCACAGCGUCUUCUAUGUGUUCAUCUCGAUUUCCCCUUUCUAUCAGGACACCAGGUGGAUUGGAUUGGGUCCCACCCUGAUGAAUUCACUUUUAAUUUGAUAC